AUGGGGUUGAUUCUCCUAGCCUUCUUUGCUAUAUUUGCGUAUACGAUUUUCGGUGCUAUUUAUCGUCUAUACAUGAGCCCAAUUGCUCAUAUUCCUGGCCCAAAGCUAGCAGCUCUGACAAGACUAUAUGAAGCAUAUUAUGACCUCUAUCUCGGCGGACAAUACACCUUCAAGAUCAUUGAAUUACACAAGGAAUAUGGACCCAUAAUUCGCAUCUCGCCCUGGGAGUUGCACAUCUCAGACCCCGAUUUUCACGAUACGCUUUAUGCUUCUUCUGCAUCAGGGCAUAGGCGAGACAAAUACGAUUAUUUUACAAAGUCGUUUGGCUUAGAUAAAAGUGUGUUUGCAACUCCGCAACAUGACUUGCACAAGAUGAGGAGAGCGGCUUUGAGUACUUUCUUUAGCAUGGCAAGUGCGAGGAGGCUGCAGCCUGGGAUCCAGGAACAGCUUGAUUUACUGUUGAAAAGAAUCAGGGAGUUCAGGGAUAACGGUAAGGUUUUCAUGGCGAGUUGGGCCUUUGCUGCUUACACCAAUAACAUUGUGAUGAUGUAUUGCUUUGGACGAUGCGACAAGCGCCUUGAAGCAGAAGACUUCGACCCCUCCUACCGAGAUGCCUCAUUUUUUGGAUCAACCGCAGGAAAUUUCAUGAGGCAUGCGCCUUGGGCGAAUAACCUUCUGCAAGCUCUCCCGAUGUGGAUUACUGAAUUGAUCCACCCCGCAAUGGCCACCUUUGAUGUCUUCGAACAAAUAAAACUUAUUCGAGCGGGACGCAACGAAGCAUACAAGGACCAUAACCACCCCACAAUCUUCGUCUCAAUCCUCGACAGCAAGCUUCCAGAGCACGAAAAACGGGACAUCCGUCUCUCUGACGAUGCUCACGUUCUCACAAUGGCUGGUACAAUAACUACAUCCUGGGUCCUAGAGCUCACUAUGUUCUGGCUUCUCCGGCAACCCGAAACUCUUCGUAAGCUCAAAGACGAACUCACAGCUGCAAUUCCAAGCCUAGAUAUGAUCGGCACCAUCCCUUUACCGGUUCUUGAAAAUUUGCCAUAUCUGAACGCUGUGAUGAAAGAAGGGUUUCGACUUACCUACGGCGUAAGCAGCCGCUUGGCUCGCAUUGAUCCCGAUAAUCCUAUCAUUUUCACUACCGAGAAGAAGCAAUAUACAAUCCCGGCAGGAACACCAGUGGGCAUGACAAGCGUUCAAAUCCACCAUAACGAAAGCAUCUUCCCGGACUCCAAGAAAUUCUCACCAGAAAGAUGGCUGGAUGGCAAGGACAAGGCAAUCGGUAAAUACCUGGUCGGUUUCAACGCGGGAAGCAGACAGUGUUUGGGGAUUAAUCUGGCGCAUGCGGAGCUGUAUUUGGGGCUGAGUGCGAUCUGGAGACAGUGGGGAAGUAGAGAGGUCAGGGGAGUGGAUGACAUUGGUAUCUUCGAAUUGUUUGAGACUGGUGUGAGGGACGUGGAGAUUGAGAGCGAUGCUUUCUUGCCGAUUCCGCAGAAAGGAAGUAAAGGGAUCAGGGCGUUGGCUUUCUCUUGA